CGCCUUUAAAUUCAGUUAGUAAAGUUAUUUAUGUCAAUCAAAGAUAAUUCUCAAAAUGUGUAACAUUUUGGCCUUGUAAUAUUGUAAUAUAAACACGUAAUUCAUCCCACAAACGCGAUAAAGUGAGACGUGACCAUUUAGUAACAAUACCCUCAUUAUAAUCAGCACUGCGUUAAAAAUGCGCAAACUUACCAGUUUCACUUGAAGGGUGUUUCUGUCAGCUGUUGCUCAUCCUUACAGGAAAAGUUGGAAGUGCUGAAGUAAAGUUGGCUUUGUCGUUCCGAUUUGCGACAUCGAAAGAGUUUAGAAUACUAUAUAUUUGUACUUGACUUUUUUACUUGAUUUUGAUAUGGCUUGCGAAGGUUCGCAUGGGUGGUAAGACAUCAGGUAAUGACCGUGGCAACAGAAGAAAACGCAGUGUCUCUUCCUGAAGCUCCGGCAAUAAGCAACAGCCAAGACCAGAAGCUUGUUGAGCAGCUGGCAGAGACCAUCAGAGUGAUCGGUGACAAACUUGAUCAGGAUACAGAAUUUAAUGACAUGAUUGAUGGUUUAGGUAAAGUGUGUGAUAAAAGCAGUUUCUGGACACUUGUGGAGAAAGUUUUCAAGGAUGAGCAGAUCAACUGGGGAAGAAUUGUGGUGCUGUUCUAUUCAGUUGGAAAACUGGCUGCAAAGAUGGUCCUUGCACGCCUACCCAGAGUGGUUUCUGAUAUUCUGGCCUCAAGUCUUGAUUACUUCAGGAGACGUCUGUUGGGUUGGAUUUGCAAAAUGGGAGGAUGGAUAAACAGCAUUCCUGCACUGGCCCGUUUCUCCAUAGAGCGAUUUUCUAGUGCUUCUCUGAGUACUUAUUCUUCCAUUUUUGGAGCUGUGCUGACCUUCACAAGUGGUGCACUGUUAGGAGCUUUCAUUGUCUGGAGACUUCACAAAAGCAGCUAAGACAAAGAGAUUGGAACAAUCACACCAGAAGUAUCAAUCAUAUUCUUGAUUUUAAAUUAAGAUGAUAAGAUGAUCUGCUGGGUGAUUUUGAAAUAUGAAUCUUUUGCUAUAAAUCUUUCAUAAUAUUCCUUUCAUUUUAUAUAUAUUUAUAUUUUUGUACGUUUAAUCUGGUUACAAUAAUUACAUACAUAUUUAUUUUGGAUCAGUGAAGAGUUAUUUAAGCGUUGACCUAUGACAUUAUGUAGGCUAUACUUUAAAACAGACUGCAUCAAUGGUCUGUUGUAAUCAGUUUUUGUAACCCCCCUUGAAUACAUAAUGUGUUUAUUGUCACUCAUGAAGAAAAUGAAUCCACUUGAUGAUAUUUGUGUCUUUAUUCUCAGCCCCUAAGGUUUUAGGACUUUAUUUUAGGCAUACUGGUACAGAAAGCAGACUUCGUUAUAUCAUUGUCUUUCCUGUAUAUGGAAUAAAUGAGUGUGUUCUCAUUCA